AUGUCACACCCACAAGGGGACGCUAAGGUAGGAGAGGACUACACCAAGUUCACCAUCCCCAUACACCAAAUCUUAGCCCAAGUGAAAGACAAACCUUGGGUAAGAAGGCUGCCACCCUUGAAAGGAGAUCCAAACAAGAGGGAUACUAGCAAAUAUUAUGCCUUCCACAGGACGCACGGACAAACUACGAACAACUGCUUCGCUUAG